AAAAAAUAUUAUCAAAAUGCUUUAAUAUUUUUAGACAAAUUACUAAGUAUGAAUGAGAAUGAUUCAUUGAUUUUAUGUUAUUAUGGAGAAAUUUUAUUUAAAAUGGGAAAAUAUAAUAACGCCAUAUCAUAUUUUACAAAAGCAAAUAUAAUAGAUCCAGAAAAUAUUCAUAAUUUGAAAAAGAGAGCCAUUACAUAUUAUGAUCUUCAAGAGUAUGAUGAAGUUUUAUCAGAUAUUGAUAAAGUUAUCCAAUUUGAUCCAUUAAAUAUUUUGGCAUAUUAUCUUAAAAUUCUAGCAUAUUAUACAAAAGGAGAUAUUAAUAAUGCUAAAAUAGAAAUAAAAAAGUGUAUAGAAUUAAUAUUAAAUUCCAAUUAUAAUAUUUUAGAGAAGACACAAUUUUUUUAUUUAAAAUAUUUACUGGAAAAGCAUGAAUUCACAGAAUUGAUGUAUAUAAAAUUAAAUCAAAUUUCAAAUACUAAAAGUAGGGAGACACUGCUUUUUAUAAGAUGUAGUAUACAUAUUAAAUUAAGAAUGUACCAUACAGCAAAAUCAGAUUUUAAUAUGUUAUGUGAAUCAAUAUCUAUUUAUAGUUGCAUUUCAUAUAUUCACUUAUUACAAAAAUAUUUAAAUUUUUGGUCAUAUUUUGCUGAUGAAUAUGGAGCUUUAUUAAGUAAUAUUGGAAUUAUUGAUUAUUAUAGUGCAUACUUGUAUAUAGAAAAAGAGAUUUAUUUAAUUUCAAACUUAAUAAAUUAUAAUAAGAUAUAUUGUCAAUUUCAAGAAAGUGAUCCAAAUAGGUCAAGUACUUUGUUGCAAAAAUGGAGGAAUUCGUUUAAUUUUUCCUGUACUAGAUUUUUAUGACGGGUGUAUUAUUUGGAAAAUAAAUGUCAAAAAGAUAAUAUCUGAAUCUUGCUUUAUAAAAUUUGGAGAAAAAAAUUCCCAUAACUCCAGUUAUAUUGGAUGGAAUG